UCACGACUAUACUGUGUGUUGUUUCAAAAGGCGUUUAUGAUUGACGAUGGUGUUAUUUUUAAUGUGGGUCGUUUCGUACAUCGCCAGUAAUCCGCUUGGAUCAGUUUUGAUUAAGGCGGUUGAGCUAACGUCAAUGCUAAUGUGAUAUUCGCGGUCUCUACAUUGGGAUUUUUUGGGGUUCUCUUUCUUCCAAUUUAUACGUUUUACGUAUUUUACAGUGAUUAUAAACGUGUAUAGCGUUUUUGACAUUUAUUAUCGUUAUCAUUUAUUUUCUGGUAAACCGCGCCGCGCUUGUGUAAAUCAUAGCUAUCGCUUUAGGCGCAUUUAAAGGGACAGCUCACUCCAAAUGAAAUUUCUGUCUUCGUGUACUCCUCUAAACGCUAUUUCAAUGCUUUAUGACUUUCCUCAGUCCGUCGCCAUUCACUCUGUGGAACGAAAGGUGCAAUGCAAGGUUAGUGAGACUGUCUGCUGGAGUGAGUCAGUGUGCCUGGUGUAUGUGUUUCAGAGAAGGCCAUGGCUCGUGGGCAGCAGAAGAUCCAGUCUCAGCAGAAGAACGCAAAGAAAGCAGCCGAGAAGAAGAAAGCUCAAGGGGCGGAUCAGAAGACCGCAGCCAAAGCGGCGCUGGUCCACACGUGUCCCGUCUGCAGGACACAGAUGCCAGACCCCAAGACCUUUAAGCAGCAUUUUGAAAGCAAACACCCAAAAUCUCCAAUGCCUCCUGAGCUGGUGGAUGUUCAAGCCUAAAGGAUGCAAGAAACCAACAUGGACCUAAAACAAGGAGCCCGGGGAAAGGAAUAUGAUUCGAUUCGGCCGACUGACUCGACUUGCUUUAUUUCACAAACAUUGACCAUGGACCACGAUGACAAGGAGAUCUUAGGACGGACUCGAGCACACCAGCGCACACAUAUAUUUUUUGAUAUUUUUAUAUGUGCAUAUCGCUUCCAUCUCUCCCGAGUGUGCUGUGACCUAACCGUCUCAUCGCCAUGUGCUUAAACCUGACAUAUUUAUUCACCGAUGCCCCUCUUCGCAAUACAUCCCUGUAUUUUGAUUUAAAAAUAUGGAUUCGGCGCUGCAGUGUAUAAAGAUGUCUGUGCCCUGUUCUUUUUAACUGUGAACCAAAAUGGGGAAGUGCACCAGCGUGCGUGUUAUAAAUAUUACCGACCAGGAUUGGAAUUGAGAUUCUUUGAUUGACGUGCUCGAAAUGAUCACAGUUGCUGUAAAUUUGGACCUGUUUAAAUAGUCAGAAUAAUGAGUCAGGACCCACGGAUAUGCUUUUGUUACUUUGUUUUCUAAAGUUUUCAAUAAAUGUAUAUGCAUAUAUCUAUA